AAAACCACAUAGCAAAUUGUGUUAUGUGGUAUUGAAUUCAAUAACUUUUUUUUAAUAUGCACCUCAAAACAAUCUGAUAAUCAAUUAAAGUGCUCUGAAGUUUGUUUGGGAAGCAUGAAGCAUUGGAAAUUAUUUGCUUUCGUCAUUUUUGUUGCAAAACAAUCAUCUGUGGAACCUAAACGCAACAGAAAUUUACUGUACCAAAGGCCCAAUGGGGCGUAUGCAUCGGAAUUCUUUGAAGUCGAAGAUGUUGCCAACUGGCAAUGGCAUGAAGAGGACUACCUUGUAUCCAAUUGGCGUCGAAAGUGUUCAAGCAUCCAAUCUGGCAAUUCGAGUUUCAAAAUUCGUAGUUUUAUAGCUGGUGGCAUGUUAGCUGAUAUGGACAAAUUUCCGUUUUUGGUGGGACUGUUGCUGAUUGCUCAGCCAAGAAUUUUUCAAUGUGGUGGUUCGUUAAUAUCGAAAAACUAUGUCCUAACGGCGGGUCACUGUUUGUUAAGAUCUACCGCAGGACGUGUAUUUGUGGGCUCUUACGUAUAUGCCAAUGUUGCAUCUUCUGAGUUUGUGUACAAUGUAACAAAUAGCGAUUUCAUCAUCAAUGAACGUUACAAUGGACUCAAUGGAUUUUUGGAUGAUAUUGCUUUGAUACAUCUAAAGCAGCCCGUGACAUUAUCUCCUCGAGUACAAAUCAUAGCAUUGGCGCCUAGUUUUAUGACAGAGAAAUAUCUAAAAAGUGAAAUUGUAACAGCUGCCGGUUGGGGCAGAACCGCAGACAAUAGCAGCGAAUUUAAUACGAAACUGUUUUAUGUAGCUACACCGGUUCUUACAUUUGACAAAUGCAUGUGUUUCUAUCUGCCUGGCCUGGUUAAUAGACGCAAGCAUUUAUGUGCCGAUGGUACUGGUGGACGUGGUGGCUGUGAUGGUGAUUCUGGUGGUCCGCUUGUAUACACCCACAGAGGUAAGGACUACCUGGUGGGUGUAACAUCUUUUGGUAGUGCAGGAGGUUGUGAGAUUGGUCACCCAACAGUGUAUACUCGUAUUACUAACUACUUGCAUUGGAUAUACAAAAAAACUGGCAUGGAAACUUAUAGGGCAAGAGGGUUAAAUUAAAUUUCUGUAUUGUCAUUAAUUUUGAAUAAAGUUAAAAAAGAUGUUUAAUUUAAUUUUAUUACAUUAAAAAUGAGAAGUGUAUUGUAUUAAAAAAAAAAUAAAUUGUAUUUAUACAUUCGUA